AUGCGCUCUCAGCGGUGGUGCCCGGCGAGUCCUGCGGCCGUUUGCGAAGUACCGGCGAAACCACCGCAGCGGCACUUUUAUACCGGCCCCACACGUGUGCAGGAGUCCUCGCUGUUGUUGAGACGAUAUCUACAGAAAUGGAUUCGUUUUACUCGAAGACGUCAGGUGUUAAUAUGUCUUCAGGAUAUAAAACAUAGAGCUUGUUUGGCUUCUUUAUUACAUGUCUUUUACAAAUGGUUUCUCUUUGCAUCUCGCAGAGGCGUACUGCGGUAUCUAGAGCGUCGUGUCAUAAGGGAAACAUCUAUACUGUUAGCUCACCGUUUUUUUAAGAAAUGGCAGAAUAUCACACAACUUCAGAAGAAGAGGUCAUUGCAAUUAUCAGUAUUACGUCGUAUACGAUAUGAGGCUGAACGAAGGAUGGUGAAAAGAGAAUAUGAGCGGUGGAAGAUGACAGUGAAAUACCGAAAGAUACUUCACCGAAGCGUAGUAGCUUUAUCUUCUUUUCAUUUGGUUUCCUUACUACGACGUUAUUUUCUUCUUUGGAUACGUCGUAGACGUCGAAGGUAUUGUUUAGAAAAAUUAAAACUUAUUAGAUAUUCAGCAGAGCGGACCUUGACUCGACACAUUUUGCGAGAAUGGAUCUUGCUUGUUUCGCGUCAUAUAAUUGCCUGUAAUUUGGAAGGACUUACUCUUCAAGAUAUGGUUUAUAGAUUUUUGAAGAAGUGGAGACGGUAUACUUGGAUUUGUAAAUCCCUUCGACGCAUUGGACAUAAAGCUUGUUGGUAUCUUAUUCGAAAUGCCUUUCAAAAGUGGAAACUAUGGCUUGUUCGUACAACCGUUUCACUUCGUCUUGAAUAUAAUAAUUCUGUACUUCUCCUACAAGUGUAUUUUUUGCGUUGGAUGAUGCUCCAUAAAGUCCGUAGAUUGGAGUACUAA